AAAAGGGUAAAGUUCAAAGUACUAUAGUAGCUUCUAUAAACACUCUCGGUAUAUAAAAUCGCCUGAACUAAGAUCACGUGAUAUAUAUAUUUGUGUUUAUUGUGUGUUUGCGAUAUACGCAUCGCGAGCUGUCAUUGAAGGUUAGCUGAAACACAUAAACGUACAUAACGAGUGACUUCAAGCAAGAUCUAUGUGAUAACGCGAUUAUUUUUCAAUGAAACGUGCUAAUUUUUAACGAAAAUAGUUUUUUUUGACAAGUGUCGAGAUAAAGUAUUGAGAAUGGAGCGGAAUUUGGUUAAAACAUUGGAUGACAUGUAUACUAAGGAAGGGGUCAUUGGCUGCAUUUUAGUAGAUCAUUCUGGUCUCUGCCUAGGAGUUAAAGGUGAUGCGUCAAGUGACAGCGCAGGGUUAAUAGCAGCUAUAUCAGGCCUAGUUGCGAAAUUAGAGCCUAAGUCUAAGGCACCAAUCAUAUCACUUCAAAACGAUAGCAGGCAGUGCAUUAUACAUCGUAAAGGUCCUGUAGUUGGUGCUAUAUAUAAAGAUAUAUCCACUUGAGAUAAUUACUGUUAUUACAUGCACAUCUGAAACUGUUUAUAUUUAUAAAAUAAGAUGUCUAGAAAUAUUCUGUUUAAUUAUUAAAAAUAUGAAUUAUUAAUAAAGAAUUUUAAUACAUGUAAAUAUGAUUUUUGUUA